AUGGCGGCUCCCUUAACACUUCUGUUGAUUUUGGCUGUAACAAUAAGAGCAGUAUUAUUUCGAUCUAGUUUAGUUACGCUCAUUUCUGAACGGGUUGAAGUUGUAUCUCCGCUGAACGCUUGGAAAAGAGUUGUGGAAGGUCUUGCACUGCUAGAUCUCAAUGUCUCACCCUACUCAGGAGAUGUAUUUCAUGAAACACCCCUUGUCAUAUACCUCUUUCAUUUUGUGGUUGACUAUGCAGAGAUUGUAUUUAUGUUACACUUUUAUCAUCAGAUAGCAGAUGGAAUCACAGCGGUGGCUCUCUAUCUGGCAGUGCAGCAAUACAACAAGAAUGUGUUCAGACACCAAAAGUAUGCUCUGGAGGCAGACAAGUAUCCACAUGACUGUCUGGAGCUCAUGCGUUCACCCAAAGAGAUGUUUUAUAUUCCCCUUAAGGUGGCCAUGUUUUAUUUAUUGAAUCCUUUCACAAUACUUUCAUGUGUGGCAAAGUCUACAUGCGGGCUGAACAAUGCCAUUAUUGCACUCUUCAUCUUGUUUACAGUAAAAGGAAGUGCCUUGUUGAGUGCAAUAUUCUUAGCCUUGGCAACCUAUCAAAGCAUUUAUCCUUUUGCACUGUUUGCCCCAGCCCUUCUCUUUCUGCUUCAGCGGCUGUAUAUCCCAGUGAACCCAUGCAGGAGUAGUUUCUGGUUCUUCACCCUUCAGUAUGCUUUCAUGUUUGUGGGGAGUCUGGUCGUCAUUGUCUGUCUCUCGUUUUUUUUGCUGGGUUCCUGGGACUUUAUUCCAUCAGUCUAUGGAUUUAUCCUCUCUGUACCAGAUCUCACUCCAAAUAUUGGGCUCUUUUGGUACUUCUUUGCUGAGAUGUUCGAACACUUUCGUUUCUUCUUUAUCUGCGUCUUCCAGAUCAAUGCCUUUUUGUACACCAUUCCUCUCUCCAUCAAACUAAAGGAGCAUCCAGUGUUUCUCAUGUUUAUACAGAUUGCUAUCAUCUCCAUCUUUAAAUCCUACCCCACUGUAGGAGACAUAGCGCUCUACAUGGCCUUCUUGCCUGUCUGGAGCCACCUCUACAGAUUUUUAAGGAACAUCUUCCUGGUUUCUUGCAUUUUGUUGGCAUGCUCGGCUCUCUUCCCCGUGCUCUGGCACCUCUGGAUCUAUGCUGGCAGUGCCAACUCAAACUUCUACUAUGCCAUAACACUACUCUUCAAUGUUGGACAGAUCCUACUUGUGUCUGACUACUUCUAUGCGUACCUGCGUCAGGAACAUCACCUGAGCCAAGGACUGUACCUAAAAAGGAAAGAUGGCAGUGAGGCUUCACUGGUGUUAAAAUGACCUUCACUAAUACCAUUAUAUCUGCCAGCAUUACGUUUUCACUCCUGCCCAGUUUGCCUCUUUCCCUGACUCAGUUUGUUUAUUUUCUGUUUGUACUUAUUAUUAUGACUCCUCUUCUAUCUUCUCAUCUUCAACCAUCUUCCUUCUGUGCAGUUAUUUUGUCGUGUUUUAAUCAGUUUUAUGGUACACCCCCUCUCUUGGACCAAAGCUGCAAUGAGAAGGACUUAAGCGGGCGCUAGCUUGUGCUCUUAAUUCUGGAAUAAGCACAAAAGCUUAAACUGGUGGAGGUGGGUUUUUCUCACCCAUUUGUCAUGUAAAAUUCUGAGCUGCAGAUGAACCUUAGCCGGCGGAUGAAAGUCUACUGUAAUUUGUACUCAGUGCCUCCUGACACAUGGAUGAUACAACUGAGUCACUCACAUGAGAGAUCACAACACUGUUUCUGUUUUGUUGUUUUUGUUACCCAUCAAAAGUGGGAUUGUAUAAUUUAUUUGUUGUCAAAAAUAUUAUUUGGAAUGUUUUGGAAUGAAUUACAGAUUGGUGGCAAUAAAAUGACAGAAACUUGCCACGAAAA